AUGUGGGCAUCUCCUGCCAGGUUCUGGCUCCUCUCCUUACUCCUGUGGCCCCUGCCUGCUGCGGACGGCUACAUCUGGGCGUGGUUGUAUUCUAUGCCCUACCACGCCCCAGAUGAGGCCACCCUCUCCAAAAGCUCCAGCCCCCUGGCCGACAGCAAGGAGAUUGCGGCGGCCACAACAUGUAGCCAGGACCGGCACUGCGCCCACGGGCUCUUCUGUGAUAAGCACUUCCGGCUGUGCCUUCCCCUGCGCCAGGAGGGGCAGUACUGCCGCCGCGACACCCACUGCGCCAGGGGCCUGACCUGUAUGUUUGGCAAGUGCCACAGGACCGUGCCGGACGGGCAGGAGGGUGCUCGCUGCCGGCAGGACAAGGACUGCGGCGUGGCCGCCUGCUGCGCCCGCCACCAUGGCGAGCUGCUCUGCAAGAAGAGGCUGGCCUUGGACGAGAGCUGCUUUGUGCCCCAGGGAGGCCUGGCCUUCAGCAUCAACCAGGUCUGCCCCUGCCAGGAGGGGCUGGUGUGCAGGACCGGGGCUGCUGGCCGAGAGAAAGCGUUCGAGUAUUGGCAGGAUAAAAGUGACUGGAGAUGCAUGAAGCCCUUGCUGUAG